AUGUCCGGGAAAGCAAUCGAUAAACGUUCGAGCACCGAUAACUGGAUCGAUGCCAUCCUCUCGAUCGCGGAGGUUAGCACCUGCACAAUCAUCCCCACCAUUCCCGUCUACUCCACCGGGACCGCUAUCGACCUCGCUGGCCCUACCAGCUACACAAUUUACGCCAUCGCUUCCCCGACCCUCUCCACCGUCUUCAGACCGACUGUUCUUCAAGCGGUUGAGGCCACCAUCGAGACCAUCAUCUCCGCCAGCCGCAUCAGCUCGCCCAUUCAGGGCGCCGUCGCCGCCACCUAUAUCACCGUCACCGCCUAUAUCACCAAUGGUGACAUUAGACGCACUGACGUCGUCACCACCACCGCCAUCAUCCUCACCCCCACCCCCACCCCCUUCUCCGCCACCACCGCUAUACGCUGCCGACUGCCUGCCUGUGGAGGAGGAAAAAGAUUCCUCCGCCGAAUACCCCCCUGA